UGCAGAAGAGAGAAGAUGUCUGGAAGAGGCAAAGGAGGGAAAGGACUCGGUAAAGGAGGCGCUAAGCGUCACCGUAAAGUUCUCCGGGAUAACAUCCAGGGAAUCACCAAGCCCGCUAUCCGCCGUUUGGCUCGCCGCGGUGGAGUCAAGCGUAUUUCGGGUCUGAUCUACGAGGAGACCCGCGGUGUGUUGAAGGUGUUCCUGGAGAACGUCAUCCGUGAUGCCGUCACCUACACCGAGCACGCCAAGAGGAAGACGGUGACCGCCAUGGAUGUGGUGUACGCUCUGAAGAGGCAGGGCCGCACUCUGUACGGCUUCGGAGGUUAAAGUCAGCGAUGAUGUAGCAAAACAAAGGUCCUUUUCAGGGCCA